AGCUGCAGAUUUCAUUUUCCAAUUGGAUUCUGUUCUGUCUCGUUGUAGACACGUUUGUGAGAUUAUUUAAAAAUAUGAUCAAAAGAACUGUUGCUUCUGCAUUUGCUGCUAUGAAAUAGGACACAUUAUCUAUGAAUAACAAGAGAAAACUUCCAACUGCCUAAAGCUGCAAGCAAGAAGAUGAAAAACAAGGAAAUCGUUGUGCAGUUUCUCCUCCUGGUCCACAUUUUUGCAGCCUUUUUCUUCUCUGCAGCCUCAUGUCAGUCUGACAGCAGCAGCAGCAGUGUGGUGGUGGCUGGCUACAAUAUGGCGGUCCACGCUGGCUCCACCAUGGUGCUGCAGUGUGUCAGCGGGCGCAUGGUUUGGACCAGGGACAGGGUGAGGGACAGACAGAGGGUGGUGCACUGGGACAUGUAUCGAGAUUAUCCGGACUAUGCCAUGGAGAGGGUGGUGGAUAUGUUUUCCGCAGGUGAUCAGAGGAUGUACAACUCUUACAACCUGGGCAGGGUCUCCCUCAACCCGACAGCCUUCAAGGAUGGAAACUUCUCAUUGGUCAUCAAAGAUGUUACCCUGAAUGACAGAGGCUUAUACUCUUGUAACCUCCACCACAUUUACUGCCACCUGCAAGAGACAGUCAGAAUCCAGCUCAAUGUCACUAAAUCCCGUCGUAAAGAGCAGCGCUUCUGGGACGGGCAGAAGGUCGUGUACGUGGUGUUGCUCGGGAGCACCGUGGUGUUGCCCUGCAUCAACAGACGGACUGUCUGGAUAGACUCAAGCAAUGAAGAAGACCAACAGGUGGUCCACUGGGACCGCCAGUCCCCAGGAGUCGGACAGGACCACGCAGAUCGACUGGUCGACCUGUACGCCUCUGGAGAGCAGCGAAGCUACGGACCUCUGUUCCUACAGAGGAAGAUGAACAUCAGCAAUCAAGCCUUUGCAGUGGGAGACUUCUCCCUCACAAUAAGAGAUGUUCAGCCCACAGACCAGGGGAUGUAUUCCUGCCACCUUCACCAUCAUUACUGUGGUCUUCAUGAGAGACGGGAGUUCCAGGUCAAAGUUCAACCGUUAACCGAGUCUAAAGAGUCCGCCAAAGCCCUGCCUGCCGAAGAGAAAGACUCAACUAAAGCAGAGUCACCUCAGGUCAUCAAUGUCAUCUUACCUGACCAAAGACACCAGUCUGUCCUACCACUGGCCUACAUGCUCACCUCCCUUCUCCUGCUGGCAUUCAUCAUACUCAUCAUCAUCUUCAUUAUGCGACGACUUAGAGCUAAAGAUUUACAUCCGCUGUCAUCAAUGGGUCACAGCAGCUCAGACGGGUGUGAGAUGGACGUCACUGAGGUGAACGUCUGCACUCAGGAGGAGAGAAGGUUUGACUACAAAAACAAUCUGCUAAAGGAAAAGGUCAGAGCGAACUCUCCGCCUAAAGUCAUUGAUCUUGACGAAGAGAUGCUGAAGUUCUCAAAGUGAAAAACAGACUGAAGGGCUAUCUGGGCCACCGGCUGGUCCAAAGGCUGCACUCCAUCCCCAGCCCUUAGUCCUUUAAGCAGGGAAGUGCUACGAAAUACAGGAAGAAGCCUGAAGGUUUUGUGGUCAGACUUUGUUUUAACUCUUGAUUUUGAAUGGAAUCCCGGAUGGGGGCAGCUGUGCAGUGUGAUUCAAGCCCUGACUGCUUAACGACAGAGAACUAUGUGCACUAAAAUGAACUCUGAUUUAGAAAAUAUUUGGUGUCAAUUACAAUUUUGGCUGAGAUAAAGUUGGGCUUCUUCGCAGGAUCAUCACAAAGGUUCUUGUUUGAAUGAGGUGGAGUUUCCAUCCUUCAGAAAAGACGAAUGAAAGUAGAAGAAGGAGGGUUAUGGUCAUUGGUCCAGAUCAGAGAAUGAUUGUUGGUCCUGCCCACUAGAAAACAAAAUUAUAUUCACUCAAAAUAUUUUAUUACAAUAAAAAACAGCACUUUUGAAUUGAAUGCAUGUUGGGCCAUACUGACCUUCUUUGGAAAUCAUUUCAACCAUUUAGUGUUAAAAUGAUGUUGAUAUCUGGUCAGUUCUUUGAACAUUUGAUAAGAGAGUUUUAAAAAAUAAAAAUGGGUCCAAAUCACAGACAUACACUGUUCCGGUCAGAGGUGGAAUUCAAAACUUAUUUAAGUCUCAGUUUCCAGCUUCACAAAAAAAAAAGAGUUUAAAUAAACAUACUGAUUAAUAAUGAAACUCUAAACUUUUAAGCAUCAUUCAAUACAAUUAUUUUGCUUUCCAAUAAAACCACAGCGAAAAAAAGUCAGACAAUGACCAUCAAUGGAAUAACAUCAACAUUAAAUGCCAGUUUUGCACCUGAAUGUAUACAUUUCAUGAUCUGGGAAAGCAAAAAGUCCUUAAAUUGCUUUUUUCUAAAAUAAAAUGUUUAGCUGCUGUUAAUCCCAAAAAUGAACAAAUAAAAACCACAUUUGUUUAGUUAAAUUUAAAAGCCUGAGGAUGAGUUCUCCAGGCUUAAGAGCUUUUAUUUUAUUUUAAUUGUUUACAAUUUAGAUUCCACCUUAGUUGAGCUUACAUUCAUUUAAAUGGCUACUGCUGCUGUGUGACCAUAAGUUUAUGCUACUGGUCUUUUAUUGUGGAAAAACACAACCUUACCUAGUUUCUUUUUGCACAGAAGAAUCUAGAUGGUUUUUUUUUGUUCCAGCUUUUCCUACAAAUUGUCGGAUGUGACCACCGUUCAACACCAUGAAAAAAUCUCGUCUUGCUCCACAGCUUGUCACGUUUUGUGUCUCGCUACGAUAAGUCUGCACUUUGAUUUACAGCAUGAUUUAUUUGGAAGGGUUAUUUUUUUGGUUCAUGAGUGCCCCCUUGUGUGAGAGACAGGAUUUCCUGAUGUUGAAUAAAUCAUUUAUUCUUUGUUCUUCUAAAAAAACACAUGUACUGUUGCUUUACUUUUUGUAACCAACGCAUUGAAUUAUUUUUUCAUGUAUAUUUUCAUGUUUUUCCCUCACAUAUUGUAUAAAUAUACAUACAACAGAU